ACAGCUCCCAUGACGUCGUAGUUGCCGUCCACUCAGCUUCCAAAACCAUACUGUCCUGCCUGGUGUGCUGGAUAGUUACCUCUUUUCACCAACUUAUACUGAGUUAGUUUGCACCAACGUUUCUAUUCGUCUGCGAGAUGGAACUCUGCUUGUAUUUACCUUUGUAUAAUAAGCAACACGUGCCAUUUUCUCUUUCUCAUUGAAUAGAUGUACAAUUACUAUAGGGUCUAAAGCUAUGCGUUGUUACGGUGGCGUAUAGCUGAGGUUGCGUUAUUGAUUGACUAGCGCCAGACAUGGCUUCCGCAGUCAGCCGACGUCACUCUGUCACGCUACUAGCACCAAGUGGAAGGGAGCAACCUGUGGUACUUGUGGUCGCGCGGGAGGGCGUACGCCUUACAACGGUGGAUGGGAAGGAUAUCAAUAUUUUUGCCUAUGAGGCCAUUAGGAAAUGGUUGCCGUCCAACCUCCGGAGCAAGAAUCCAGGGCCGGAAGACUGCUUGGACCUCCAAAUCGAGACGGACAAGGGGCCUCGUGACCUCCGCAUGCGCUGCGCGAGCACCUUGGCCGUCAAGCAGCUGAUGAAGGACUUGCGCGAUACCGUGGAGGCCAUCAUGCGCGACCUGGACGACCGCCAGAUCGAGCAGCAGGACCGCCUGCAGCAGCAGCAGGACCAACAGGCGGCCGCGGCGGCACAACUGCAGCAGCAGGCGGCCCGCGCAAAGCAGCAGCAGCAGCAGGCCCCAUCCGUGCCGGAGGUGCCCAUCCCGCCGCAACCCGCCGCUGCCUCAGCAGCAGCCGCACCAGCUCCCGCCGCUGCCCCCACCACCCAGGCCGGCCCCCGCACCGCUGACCCCGCCGCCACCAAACGCAGCAACGCGGAGACGCAGACCCUGGUGGACCAGCAGCAGCAGUCACCACCACAGCAGCCCCCCGCUGACGCCACUACCACCACCACCACCACAACCAGCGGCUCCUCCACCCCCGGCGACCGCCGCCCCUUCCAGCCCACCACCCUCACCGCCGCCGCAGCCUCCCCCUCCGCGCCUCCCUCCCCGCUGCUGGUCCACACCGGCCCCGGCGGCGGGGUGGCGCAGCUCUUCGUGGCGCACCCCACCGGCAUCGCACUGCCCGUGGGCGCCCGCGGGGUGGCGGCUCCCACCCUGAUGGAGGGACUGCACCAGGCCACGGUCGUGCCUGUCGUACCCGCCAGCGGCACCUUCGGGUACGAGUACCUGGACACGUACGGCAUGCCCGGAGGCGAGGGCGGCGGCGGCGAGUUGGAGGUGGCGGACCGCGUGUCCUCCCAGGCGCCCGCCUUCUUCAACGCCAUGUUCCAGCAGGCCCGCGCCGCACUGCCGGGGUACGGCAUGCCGCCGCCCGCCUCGCCGCCAAUGUCGCCGUACGGCAACCCCGCGGCAGGCGGCUACUACCCUCACUCGUACGAGCAACCUCGCCAACCGCCGCCGCCGCAGCAGCACUAUUAUGGCGGCAUGAGCAUGCCUCCGCCUGCUCCACCCCCUCCCCACCCUCAUCCUCCCCCUCCGCCGCCUCACAGCCCGCACAUGUACCAGCACCCGCAGCACCCACCGCCGCACCCGCACUACCAGCAGCCCCCGCAGCGUGCCAGCAGCCAACGCGCCUGGGGCGGCCCCGCAGGCGCCCGCGACCGCCCGGCUCGCCGCUCUGAACCCGACCCCACCUCGCCCGCUCGCCGGCGGGUGGAGUUCACGGGGGUGGGCCCCGAGGCCGCCAGCGACGGAGAGUACGGCGAGUACGAACAUGGCGGUGGAGGUGGCGGAAGUGGAGUUGGCAGGAGCCGCUUCCCGCGGCAGCCCAGGGGCCGCCCCAGCCCCCGGGCUCGGUUCGAGGAGCCCGGCGGCAGCGAGGACAGCCGGGGGGGAGGCAGCGCGGAGGAGGCGGAGCAGGCCGGGGCCGGGUACAACGGGGAGGAGGAGGAGGCGGCUGGCGAGGGACGCGAUGUCGCCGCUGCCGCCACCAUCACCACUGGCAGUGGGGGUGGUGACCUGGCGGCUCAGGUGCGGUUCCUGGAGGGUCUGGUGGCUCGGCUGUCCGCGGAGGUAUCCCGCAGGGGCGGGGCGGUGUCCCCGGAGAGGGCGACAGCGGCGGCGCUGGCCCUGGCGGGGGCGGACGGCGCCACGGCACUGCCCCCCGCAGCUGCACCGGGUGCUGCGGAUGGCACCCCGGCAGGAGCGGCAGCAGCGGCAGCGGACCCCCUGGAGGCUGGUGUGAUGCUGGCAGGCGGGGGUGGUGGUGCCGGUGCGGAGGCGCUGGGGGGUGCAGCAGCCGGGGCCGCCUCGGUGGUGCUUGGCGACCAGAAACUGCUGGGUCCGCUGCUUGCCGCGUACGACAGCCGUGUGGAGCAGCUGGAGGGGGAGCUGAGGGCGCGCACGGAGCAGGUGCAGGCGCUCAAGACGCAGGUGGACGAGGUGGUGGAGGAGAACGACCGGCUGCGGGCGGACCUGGCGGCCGCGGCGGAGGCGAGGGACGCCGCGCAGGCGCAGGCCAGCAGUGCGGCCGCAGCGGCAGCAGCAGCCAACAGCGCCGCCGCCGCCGCUGCCGCCGCCAGCUCGGGCAGUGGUGAGGAGCUGGAGCUGCUGCGGAGGGAGAACGAGCUGCUGCUGGCGCAACAGUCCCACAUGGACGCCGAGAUGCAGCGGCUGCACGCGCAGCUGCAGGAGCGGGCGCAGGAGGCCAUGCGGCAGGGGCAGGAGCAGGCCACACUCAUGGCGCAGGCGCAGCAGGCGAAUGCCAAGGCGCAGGAUGCCGAGGUGCGCGCCUCCAAGCUGUCGGAGGCGCUGCGGGCCGCGGAGGCCAAGGCGGCGGCGCUGGCGGCCCAGGCGGCUCGCAACAAGGCGGCGGCGGAGGAGGCGGCUGCAGCGGCUGCCACCAGCAAGGCCGCCCUGGAGGAGCUCCGCGCGCUGCACUCGCAGCUGCAGUCCGAGGCGGCGGCCGCGCAGCAGCGCUACAAGGCGGCCAGCGAGGGCGCCGCGGCGCUGCAGCUGGAGCUGAGCACUGCGCGGGAGCGGGGCGACGUGCUGGCGGGGCAGCUGGCGGCGGCGCAGCGGGAGGGCGACACGCUGCGGGCGGCGCUGGGCGGCGUGGAGGGCAAGCUGACGGAGCUGCAGAGGAGGGAUGCGGAUGUGUGGAGCCGCGUGAAGGAGGCCAUGUCCGCCGCGGAAGAGGCGCGGCUGGCUCGCGACGGCGCGCUGGCUCGCUGCGGCGACCUGGAGCGCCAGGUGGAGCUGGCCAACACGCGGCUGGCAACCGUACGACAGGCCACUCGCGACGCGGUGAUGGACGAGUUCAGCGGCCAGCUGGCGGCGGCGCAUGCGGCGGCAGCACAGGUCCGAGACGAGCUGGCCGCGGCGCACGCCUCCGUGUCCGAGUGGCGCGCGAGGGCGGAGCGGCUAGAGCGGGACCAGGCUAGCCUCACGGCUGAGCUGGCGGGCCUGCGUGAGGACACGGCGGCGGCGCUGGCGUCCAAGAGCCGCCUGGGGCUGGCCUCGCUGGGGGCCAUGGAGAAGGUGGCCACCCUGGAGCGCGAGCGCGACGAGGCGGUGGCCAAGCUGGAGAGCGCGCAGCGGAAGGCGGAGCGGGCGGCGCGGGACUGGCAGCUGGAGCGGCAGACCGUGGAGCACACCCUGCGCGGCCUCAAGUCCACCAUAUCCGAGCUGGAGGGCGGCCUCAGCGCCGCGCGGGCGGAGGCCGCCACCGGCAGGCGGCAGCUGGAGGCGGCGGGGCGGGAGCUGGCGGCGGCGCGGGCGGCGCGGCAGCAGACGGAGGCGGACCUGAGGCAGCAGCUGGCCGCGGUGCGGUCGGAGCGGGACUCGGAGGUGCGGCAGCUGGCGGGCAAGCUGGAGGCGCAGGCGGCGGCAGCGGGGGCGGCGGCGGCGGAGGCGGAGCGGCUGCUGAGCAGCAAGCAGGAGGUGCUGGCCAGGUGGCGAGAGGAGGCGCAGACGCUGGCUUCCCGCAUGGAGUGCGCGCUGGCGGACCACAAGCGCGAGAUGGCGGCCCGGGCGCACGAGGCGGCGGAGCUGCGGGGCCGCUGCGAGGCGCUGGCGGCGGAGAACGGCGAGCUGGCGGCCAGUGCGGCGGAGCUGGAGGGCAAGGUGGAGGAGCUGCACUCGCAGCUCUCCGACGCCCUCGCCCGCGCCGACCUGGCGGCCGCGCAGCUGUCCAGCGCCGGCAGCCGCGAGGCGGAGCUGCAGGGCGAGCUGCGGGCGCUGCAGGCGCUGCUGGAGCGCAGCCAGCUGGAGCGCAGCCAGCUGGAGCGCAGCCGCAUGCAGCGGGCUCACGACCCGCUCACCGCCCGCUACGACGCGCUGAAGAAGGACAUCCGGCAGACAGUGGCC